AUGUCGUCCACCCAGGGCUCCGCCCCAGCCGAGACCCGCGCCGGCCAAAUUUAUGCCCUCAUCGGCGCCGUGCUUCCGCUAUGUAUCAUCGCGGUGUCACUUCGCUUCUACAGUCGCUUAAAAUACACACACAUUGGCGUUGAUGACAUUCUCUGUCUCCUAGCUACCGUUCUCUUCAUAUGCUUGACCGUCGCAACGUUUCUUGCAAUUUCAUUCGGAAUGGGUAGCCACAUUGGCGACGUACGUCCUGAAAAUGGCAUCAAGAUGGAAAAGUGUGGCUUUACUUCGCAGCUCCUCUACCCACCUCUGCUAGGUCUCGUCAAGGUUUCCAUCCUGAUGUUCCUUAACCGCAUCCUACCCACCGUGCACUCCUGGAAAACUCCGCUCAAGUGCCUCGCCGCCUUCGUCGCCUUGGCCGAGACAGCAUUCUUCUUCACACUUAUCUUCCAGUGCCAGCCCAUCCAUGCCUACUGGGAUCGGGCUAUGCCCGGUCGCAAAUGCAUCAACCAGCCCGCUUUUUACUACGUCGAUGCAGUAUUCAACAUCGUCUUCGACCUCGUCAUCAUCAUCAUUCCUUCCGUUAUCUUUCGGAAUCUCAACCUCCCCAAGAAGCAAAAGUACGGUGUCAUCGCCCUCUGCUCAGUUGGUAUUUUCACACUCGUCUCGAGCGUUAUUCGUUUGCCCUAUCUCCUUAACCUCAACCAGUCUGAUGAUCCGACCUGGGCCGUCGUUAAUAUCGUCCUGUGGUCCAACGCGGAGGCCUCUUCAGCCAUCAUUCUCUCGUGCAUCCCCACCAUGAAGCCCAUCUACGUCAGCAUCCGCCAGCGCUACUGGCCUCAGACUUCUUCGACCAACGGUAACAACCGCAAGCCUCAGUCAUCCAAUACUUCCAAAUAUUGGCGUUCCUUCGCUGCUCCAGCCUCUGUCACCGACAAGACGGAGGGUGCGGCCCAGUAUCGCCAGGUCGACGAGUAUAGCAUGGACAGCCGCCCCGGUGUUGGUGCAAAGUAA